GCGCUGCUUUGGAUUGCCGCUUUGCAGCCCUCCUUUACGAGCGGGUGGUGCUUGCCUGCGACACGGGUGGUCGGCUUGGGCUUUCUUUCUUUUUUUUUGCAAUUCCAGGGGCUGAGCGCUGGAUUUACUGCGUUGCAGUUUAGCAGCCCGGUGCACGCUUACUCAGAAGAAAGUGCCACUGAUUUAAAUAGGGCUUGCUUCUAAGAUAGUGUGUCCAGAGUUGUUGCAUGCCUAGAGAAGACCAGCCUGGGUAGCCCUCUCUUAGACCCACGUUCUAACCUUUUCCUUUGAACUCUCUCCCCCCUCCCCAUAGGUUUUCCCCACCCAUCAUGACCCCAGGGAGAGUGGGAGUCUCAGACCUCAUGCAAAAAAGGAAAAGUAACUGGGUUGGUUGCUAGCUGAAGAAGUCAAACACAAAUCCUUUCUUUAUACUUCACCUUUUGGUGGCCUCAGUGAGGUGCUGCAGCCAGCCAUGGUGCUUCCUAGGAAAGCAGAGAUCUGAACCCGGAUUUUUCCAGUCCGGCAGCUCUUAGCCUCAGUUCUGAUCUAAGGGGCUGGGUACGUCCUUCCCAUUGCCAGCUUUCAUUUAUGCUCCGGCCUGUAGCUUCCUUGGAGCGGCUUGCUAUGGAGAGUGUGCGCUGGGCAUUUUCCUAUGCCUCCUGGGUCCCCUGCCGUGAGGACUGGCUGCUGGCCAUGCGCUUGGUUCAGCCUGAAGAGAAGAAGCGCAUUGGUCAAUUUGUCUUUGCCCGUGACGCCAAGGCUGCCAUGGCUGGCCGUCUGCUGAUAAGGAAAUUAAUUGCUGAAAAACUGAGCAUUCCUUGGAAUGAAAUACGGCUAGAAAGGACUCCAAAAGGCAAACCUGUCCCUGCAAACAACAUAAGCAGUAACUGUUCCCCUUUCAACUUCAACAUCUCUCAUCAGGGGAAUUACGCAAUCCUUGCAGCUGAGCCUGGCCGUCAAGUUGGCAUUGAUGUGAUGAAGACAAGCUUGCCAGGAAGUGGUUCGAUUCCUGACUUCUUUCGCAUUAUGAACCGUCAGUUUACGGAAGAAGAGUGGCGGACGAUCACAUCCAUGCAUAAUGAAUGGCUUCAAUUGGACAUGUUUCAUAGACAUUGGGCAUUAAAAGAGAGCUUUAUAAAAGCCAUCGGAGUUGGAAUAGGUUUCGAUCUCCAGAGGAUUGAGUUUAAUAUCUCCCCGGCACAGCUGGAAGUAGGGAAAACUUAUAAUGAGACAAUUAUGCUUCUGGAUGGCGAAGAAGAAAAGGACUGGACUUUUGAGGAAACCAGGUUAGAUAAUUGCCAUCACGUUGCAGUCGCUCUGGGGAAACCAGAGGAAUCUAAAGAGAAGUAUGCUAAGGUACCUUGUAGGGAUGUGACCCAGACUGCAUUCACAAUGCUGGCUUUUGAUGACUUAGUUGCCUCCGCUGUUCCUCUCACACCUGAAGAUCCUGCCUGCUGGGAUAACUUUUGUUCUAGGCAGGAUUCGCCAGCACGACAGAGUUCAAAUUCAAGAUAAGGCUGUUGACAAGAAAUGAAUUUGAGGGCACUCAGAGGCCACACACUGUGCAUUUACCAGCAGUUCAUUUGUGUGUUGGGGGGGUGUAUACUUAGGAGGAAGGAGUGGAUGGUUAAAACUGCCUUUGAGUUUUAACACCUCAGCUUUUUACUAUUGACCAUCUUUUUGCCAAUUUUCUUCUUGAAAUUGGAUUUAUUCUCAGAUGUUGCCUAGGUUUUCCUGUUUCUUUAGCUCAGUGAUGGCUUAAACCCCACAUUAAAUAUCUGCUAACACAGGGGGGAUGAAGUAAUUUUUUUCUGAUUUCCACCUCGCUUUCUCUCUGUAGACCCUCAGUUCAUCCCUCAUGCUGUUCCUGCCCCUCAAGACUAGAGUUUCUGGGAGCACUUCAGGCUGCAGCAGGAGUUGGGAGGUAGAGAAAAUCUAGUUCUGCUGACGCAAAUGCCUUCCAUGAGCAGAGAUUUACCACGGGAUUCAAAUUAUCAGGCUUCUGGGUUCCUUUUCAGAAUGGAACAGUUGGUGCAGCCUUCUUUUCUGCUCUUGACCUCCUGUAGUGUUGAACAUAAAAGUUUUCUCUCUAGAAUUCUACCCACAAUCAUUGUCUCUAAAGAAACUCUUUCUAUCCACCCUCAUGCAUCUCUGAAGGGAAGAAUUACACAAAUGAUGUCAAGGAAUUUUUUUUUUUUCUGUAUCCAUAAAGACCUGUGCCAUGUCAUGGGAAAUACGUAGCUAGGGGUAGAGGUACAUAACCCUGUGGUGAUGGACAUUACAAUUUGCUAAUAUAUGAACAGGGCCUUUGUCUCCCUAAAAUGUAAUUUGCUUCUGACGGCACAGUUUUCUAUACCUCCAGUUGUUGCCUACACAAAUUUCCUUGCUAGCAGGGAGGAGGGAGUGUGUGCUAAUGUUAUUCUUUUCCAUCUCUGAAGUAAUGGUGUUUGGAGGAACUGCCACAGCUGAAAUAAACAAGAGCUAAUAAUUGUA